CAAGAGGAUUAGAUAUGCCUGAUGUUGUACAAGUAGAUCCAUUACAAGAUCCCAAUUAUUCUCACAUCACUGUAGAAGCAUUGCAAGAGCCGCUAAGGAAACGAAAGCGAUGGUUUUCUUGA